CCCGGCCUGUUUUAGACUCCCCCGUGCCCCAUCCAUAUAGCCCCCGCCUCUUUUGCUCCGGCUGGCCCGUUUCAACCCCUAGAGCCCUGGCCGGACUACUUUAGCCCCUACUGCCCUGACUGGCCUGUUUUAGCAUCACCCCCCCAAUCUCCGGAGGCCUAAUGGAGUCCGAGUGCGGCCUGGACUACUUCUCGGAGCAGGUGGCGCAGAAGGACGUCAGCCGGCGGCUGCAGGUCGGCCAGGAGCUGAUCGAUUACCUGAACGACCCAAGGAGGUCCAGCGAGGUGGAUCACGAUCACAAACGAAAGCUGGACAGCGUCGUUGACGAGCUAACGGGAUGGCUGAACUCCAGCAACUUCAAGGUAACGUUACUUGGACUAGAUGUUAUAGGAGCACUUGUCAAUCGCAUGAAAGAUCGUUUUAAACCCCAUCUUGGAACAUUGCUACCAGCACUUGUAGAUCGGUUAGGUGACACCAAAGAUCAAGUCAGAGAACAAACACAGAGCCUUCUUCUCCAUAUAAUGGACCAUGGUGCAUCACCCCAGUAUGUUUGGGAACGAUUAACAUCAGGGUUUAAACACAAGAACUUUCGAACUCGUGAAGGAGUCUGUCUAUGUCUCAUUACCACACUCAGCACUUAUGGAGCACACCCAUUGACGUUAAGCAAAAUAGUAUCGCACAUUUGCAAUCUACUUGCGGAUCCAAAUAGCCAAGUAAGAGAUACAGCUAUGAAUACAAUGGUGGAGAUUUAUCGACAUGUUGGAGAGAAAGUCCGAGCUGACCUUUGCAGAAAAGGAGUUCCACAAGCACGUUUACAGAUACUGUUUGGAAAAUUUGAUGAUGUGCUAGAAUCUGGAAACAUGGUUUUGAGUUCUGGCCAUGAUAAAAGCUUUGAUGAUGAGGAGUCAGUGGAUGGAAGCAGACCAGCAGCAACUAAGGUACCUGCGACCAAGAAAAUGGGAAGUACAAGCAUUGGUGGGAAACGAUCUGCCUCUGCACCUGGAUCCAAAGCAGGUGCAUCAAAAGAUGGAGCGCUGGAUGAAGAUGAUUUCACAAGGGCAUUUAAUGAUGUGCCUACUGUGCAGAUUUUCUCCAAUCGAGAACUUGAGGAAACAUUGAACAAAAUCCGAGAGAUACUGUCUGAUGAUAAGCACGACUGGGAUCAGCGAGCCAAUGCGCUCAAGAAGAUUCGAUCACUACUAAUUGCUGGAGCUGCAGAAUAUGACUGCUUUUUCCAACAUUUAAGAUUAUUAGAAGGAGCUUUCAAAUUAUCAGCGAGAGAUCUCCGGUCACAGGUUGUCAGGGAAGCUUGUAUUACAGUAGCGCAUCUGUCAACGAUUCUUGGCAACAAAUAUGAUCAUAGUGCUGAAGCCAUUGUGCCUACAUUAUUUAAUCUUGUCCCAAACUGUGCAAAAGUGAUGGCAACAUCUGGAGUAGCAGCAAUCCGGUGCAUCAUCCGUCACACUCAUGUUCCAAGGUUAAUUCCCUUAAUAACCAGCAAUUGUACUUCAAAGUCAGUGGCAGUGAGAAGGCGUUGUUAUGAGUUUUUAGAUUUGUUGCUGCAGGAAUGGCAAACACACUCCCUAGAAAGGCACGUGACUGUUCUGGUUGAGACCAUCAAGAAAGGCAUUUCAGAUGCUGAUGCAGAAGCCAGACAGGAAGCUAGAAAAACCUACUGGAGUCUUCGAAACCAUUUUCCUGCUGAAGCUGAUGCAUUAUACAACUCCCUGGAACCGUCCUAUCAGAAAGGAUUUCAGGCCCACCUGAAGAGUUCCACAAGUGCAGCUUCUCUUCCUCACUCAGAUCGGUCAUCUUCCAGCUCACAAGAAAGCCUCAACCGUGCCUUUCCAGCUAAAUGGUCUGUUGCAAGUGGGAGUACAUCAAAAGGUCCAAGUACAAAAUCCAUAGCCACUCCUGGUGGUUUGCAGCGUUCUAGAAGUGAUGUAGAUGUUAAUGCAGCUGCUUCUGCAAAAUCACGGCAUACCACUGGACAUUCAGGGGCGAGCCGUUUAACUACUUCUAAUGUACCUGCAGGUGCCUAUUCUUCACUUGGUCGAAUUCGAAACAGACAGCUACUCCUGGGAACCACCUCUGGUGGUGGCGAUUCUGCUGAUAGCAGAGGGCGAAGUCGCACAAAAGUGGUGUCUCAGUCUCAACCUGCAAGUCGCUCUGGUUCUCCUGGAAGAGUAUUAAACAGCACCGCACUUUCGACCAUGAGUAUUGGAGCUCCACGGGCGAUUCCCACUGGAGCUGCAGGGCAGAAGCGCAGCAAGAUACCACGCAGUCAAGGAUGCAGUAGGGAAGCAAGCCCGUCUCGAUUGUCUCUGGUUCGGGGCAGUCGUAUCCCUCGACCUAGUGUAAGUCAGGGCUGCAGCAGGGAUGCCAGUCGUGAAAGCAGCAGGGACACCAGUCCUGUUCGAGCAUUUACUCCACUUGCUUCCAGACAUCACUCCCGAUCAACUGGUGCUCUCUACAGCUCAGAUACAUACUCAGCUUCAGCAGGGUCUGAUCGCUAUGGGUUUAAUCAGACGAGUAAAUUGUCUGCAUCAGUGAGUGCCAUGCGAGUCCUCAAUACAGGAUCUGAUGUAGAGGAAGCUGUUGCAGAUGCUUUGAAAAAGCCAACAAGGAAAAGGUAUGAAUCAUAUGGAAUAUACUCAGAUGAUGAUGCCAACAGUGAUGCAUCCAGCGUUUGCUCUGAGCGUUCCUACAGUUCUCGAAAUGGCAGCAUCCCUACCUACAUGCGACAGACUGAAGAUGUAGCCGAGGUCCUCAACCGCUGCGCAAGCACCAAUUUUUCUGAAAGGAAAGAGGGCCUUCUAGGUUUACAAAAUUUGUUGAAAAAUCAAAGAACAUUAAGUCGUGUUGAAUUAAAACGAUUAUGUGAAAUCUUCACAAGGAUGUUUGCUGAUCCUCAUAGCAAGGUUUUUAGUAUGUUUUUGGAAACCCUGGUUGACUUCAUUCAUGUCCACAAGGAAGAUCUUCAAGACUGGCUGUUUGUUCUGCUCACUCAACUAUUGAAGAAAAUGGGUGCAGAUUUACUGGGUUCUGUCCAGGCGAAAGUACAGAAAGCACUUGAUACCGCUAGGGAGUCAUUCCCAAAUGACCUUCAGUUCAGCAUUUUGAUGCGUUUCACAGUGGAUCAGACACAGACUCCAAAUUUGAAGGUGAAAGUUGCCAUUUUGAAAUACAUUGAGACCCUGACGAUACAAAUGGAGCCAGCAGAUUUUGUAAACUCUAGUGAAACACGUCUGGCAGUAUCACGAAUCAUCACGUGGACAACAGAGCCAAAGAGCUCUGACGUUCGAAAGGCUGCCCAGUCAGUUUUAAUAUGCCUGUUUCAACUCAACACACCAGAAUUCAGCAUGCUGCUUGGAGCCCUACCUAAAACAUUCCAAGAUGGAGCAACCAAACUUCUUCAAACACACCUUCGCAGUUUAGGCAAUACUAUCCAGCAGGGAUCAGGAAACAGCUCUGUUGCCAGAAGCACACCACGCUCACCUGCAGGUUGGACCAGUCCCCUUACUUCACCGACCAGUGCAACUCAGAAUACUCCACCACCAAGCAGUGCAUUUAACUAUGAUGCAGAAAACAUGAACUCAGAAGAAAUAUACUGCUCUCUUCGAGGUAUGUCUGAAGCAAUCCAGAACUUCAGUCUCCUUAGUCAAGAAGAAAUGAAUGAACCUUUGAGGCGAGAUGCUAAAAAGGAAGAGGAUCUGGAGCAGGUCACUGCUGGAGCUGCUGACAUUAGAGGAGGUGGUGAUGCCACUGACUUAGGACGAAUUGCCCUUGACAAUAAAACUUCAAUGUUAAACACCAUGUCCCAUCGCAGCAGUUCCCGACCGCGUGAUUAUCAUCCCUACAACUAUACAGAUAACAUCUCUGUUAGUAAAUCGGCCUUAAAGGAAGCCAUGUUUGAUGAUGAUGCUGAACAGUUUCCUGAUGAUGCUACUUUGGACCAGUCUGAUUUGGUUGCAGAGCUACUGAAGGAACUUUCCAAUCACAAUGAGAGAAUAGAAGAACGUAAAGCAGCAAUGUAUGAACUCCUUAAGUCAAUUCAAGAAGAGUCAUUAGGCGUGUGGGAUGAACAUUUCAAAACAGUUUUACUGCUGCUUCUUGAGACACUUGGAGAUAAAGAGCAUACGAUCAGAGCAUUAGCACUGCGAGUUUUAAAAGAGAUUUUGAAACAUCAGCCAGAAAGAUUCAAAAAUUAUGCGGAGCUCACCAUCAUAAGAACACUGGAAGCUCACAAAGAUCCCCAAAAAGAGGUGGUAAGGGCUGCUGAAGAAGCCGCUACAGCCUUGGCCACAUCUAUCAACCCUGAGCAAUGCAUCAAAGUGCUUUGUCCUAUUAUACAGACAGCAGAAUGUCCUAUCAACCUUGCAGCAAUCAAAAUGCAAACCAAGAUCAUAGAGAGAGUCCACAAAGAUGUUCUGAACCAGUUAUUACCUGAAAUAAUUCCUGGACUGUUAAUGGGUUAUGACAAUACGGAGAGCAGCGUCCGCAAAGCCAGCGUGUUUUGCCUUGUAGCCAUUUAUUCAGUAAUUGGUGAAGAUCUUAAACCCCAUCUUGGCCAACUCACUGGCAGCAAGAUGAAAUUGUUGAAUUUGUAUAUUAAACGUGCACAGACUGGAUCCAGCACAAGUGGCUCGGCAUCAGACCUCACCAGUCAGAGCUAGAGUUAGCAGCUGCUUUCUCAUGGGUCUUCAGGGGAAGGAACUGCUCACUCUUCGAUGGAACUUUCAUCACGGCUGUACACAGCAAAUGACUUCCCUCAGUCUGCAUGUGACUGUUACACCAAAAUUUAUUCCAAAUCAGAGGAAACAGUAUUAGUCAGUCCAGAUAACACUCAAACCUUCUUGCCCAAGAUCUCUGCGUCUUUUAAUUAAAAGUUUACCAGUAUUACUGUUGUAUAAAUAAAAUGCUAAUUAUGAUUAAAGAGGAAUGCAUUCAGCUUCAGAAAAGAUUUUUUUUGCUUCUACCCAGCAGCGGUAUUGUUUCCUUUUGCAACAUAAUUUGCUUCUGGUUAGAUUUCACAAAUGAUCAGUAAAGGAGAAGCCUGCGAUAAAUCAGAGUGGAACCGGGUUGAUGCAGAAACAACCUGCCUUGUUUUGAGUGCAUGCUGUCACAACAAAGCCCUAGGGAUUGUAACUUUAUUUCACAGAAAGUAAGGAUCUAGAAUCAGCCAGUUUUCUUGUGUUACCUUUUCGCCAACUUGCUCUGUGUUCCUUCCAACAAAAGGAAUGCUAACCAUAGCGAAGGAAGGUAGAAGAGUCUAGCAUCCCUGACGUGCUGUUUCUCAGCAGCACAUUUCGGUGUCUGUGUACGGGUUAUGUAAGGCUUGUACCACUUCCAAAUGGAUAUGAACCACUCUUGUCAUCACACCUUCUUCAAGCAGAGUGCAUCGGAAUGGAGUGCUCUACACAAGCACACUCAGUACGUAACAUUCAUGUUCAGUAUGUAGUUCUUAAGUUCUACUAAAAUGCUGGUAGAAAAUCCAUUGGGGUUUUGCCUAGUCGCUUUCAAUAAGUAGACAGCAAUUACAGUGAUAACGUUACUGGCCUGCUUUCUGUAUUGAAUAUGUUCCAGGAAUCUAACAUUUAAAAGCAACUAUCUGUACACAUUACCGUGCGAAAAUCAAAAGAUUUUGAUAGCGUCCAUUGUGGAAAGCAAGUACAAUUGAUAAAUAGAAAAAUGACAGCAGCUUAUAUUCGUGUUUUCUCUACCUCUGCAGCGGGUAGAUUUUCUUUCAACCUGCUAAGUUCCACAUUUUAAGGAAAAAAAUUAACGAAGUCUACCACUAUUAAUCAGUAGCUAAUUUGAGUCAUUCAUAGUGACAAACAUUGUCGUAAGCCAAUACUGGAACUAGGUUUGUUGCCAGCUUGUUCAGUGAUGAUGUGCAAAUGGACCUUGGCGUGUGAAGUCCAGAGCAAAAGUGAAAUUAAAUCAAAACGAAAAAGCAAAACAUGAAUCAGACUGUUUUGCUGCUGUUUGAACGUUGCUCUUUUUGUUUUAUGAAAAAUUUAUAGAAAUUUAUUUAAAGAUUUUAAUGGGAACUGUUUAUCUGUUUUUAAGCCCCUGCAUCAAGAAUAUAGUGGUACGUGAAUGUUUAUUUGGACUACACUAUUAUUUGAUGUAUUUAUAGUUAUGUGCUUACAAAUGUGCAUACACUGGCAAUAAACUGUAUAUAAUAUCUCA